CUCAGUCAAGAGACCGUUUACGCACAGGUGGGAGAUACCCGUUUCGUAGGACGGCCCCCUCUUUCAGUUCCACAGCGGAUGAUGUGAGCGAGUGACAUUUGCCGUUGCGGUUUGGGACAGUAGGCGAAUCUGCAAACAGGUGUGCGGCUGCCCGAAUCCGGCCCAGACGCCUUUUCCUGCUUGUUCGUGUGGAAAGCCUACCUAGGUCUCGAAACAAUCAUCCUCGUAGCGGGACGGGGAGAGGAGGGGGAGUUUGUUCCCUUUUCAGUUGCUGGCAUUCAAAUAGCCUAUUUUUUCUAUCAGGCUAUACAACAAAGGGAUAAGGUCCAUAGAGAAAACGCUAUGACAACUAAAAAGACAUGCACGGAUUUAACGAAAAGGAGCCGAAGCCCCGUCGUUUUAGAGGCGGAGAUGUUCAGGGAAUUUCAGGACUGGUGUCUCCGGACUUACGGUGACUCGGGUAAAACAAAGACUGUCACCCGCCGAAAAUACAACAAAAUUAUGCAGACUCUUUUGCAGAACGACGACUCAGACGGCGUUUACGUUGAUAAUAGCCACAUCAAUGCCAAAUUUAAAUUCUGGGUGAAGUCAAAAGGGUUUCAGGUCGGAAACAACAUUCUGGGCGAGCACAACAAGAAAGGAGCACCGGGGAAGCCCGUCCUGUACGUUCCUGUCAAAUCAACGUGUUCAGACGGCAGUGCGACCCAGGACAGCUCCCUGAAGCGAGUGGCGGUGGUGGAGGACUUCUUCGACAUCAUCUAUGCCAUGCAUGUGGAGAUGGGGGCCGAUCCCGGGCGAGCCCCCAAACAUGCGGGCCAGAAGAAGACCUACAAGGCGAUUGCAGAGACAUACGCCUUCUUACCCAGAGAGGCUGUGACCCGUUUCCUGAUGAGCUGUGGAGAAUGCCAGAAGAGGAUGCACAUCAACCCAAGCACUGCAGAGUUCAAAGAAAAUGACCGUCCCACUUCUCUGGUCCCAGACCUCAUUGACUAUAACAUGCCUCUUACUGCCACCUACCUGAAGCAGAUGAAACUGCAGUGUAUGAAUGCCAAUGAGCAGGAUGACAGUUCGGUGAGCAGUGAGGACAUGGACAUGGCAGAGCCGGCGUGGGUCUCCGCUGAGCGCGCUCCCAUUCCCGCCUCGAAUUCCGCUCCGGCCGCCGCUCUCGCUCUCGCCGCGGCCGCGGUCGCUGCUGCCUCCGUACCGCAGCCCAGCCCGCCCCGAGAAAGCCCCCAGCCCGCCAUCAAAGAGGAGGACGAUGACUCGUCCUCGGAGAACGGCAGUGCCAACGGCCUCCCCGCCCUGACCCUGCCUGGGGCCACCGUGGUGCCUGGGGUGGUUGCUGUGGUAACCGCUGACGGGGCUCUGCCGUAUCGGGAGGUGAACGGGAACGGGACGGUGCCGACGCCGCUGGACUUCAGCACCACUUCCUCCUCUUCCUCGUCUGAAGACCAGCAGCCUGUGAGCAUGACAGACCGGCUGCUGCCCGUGCAACCUGAGCCCACCAGGAAGUACCCUGUCAAAUCAGAGUAUGGCAACAAGUCUCCUCAGUACAGCUCAGGGAGCUAUGACUCGGUGAAGACUGAAGUGAGCAUGUGUGUGGAGGAGCUGACAUCAGCCCGGUCCCAGGCCUUGGAUGAUGAUGAUGACGAGCAUGAUGACCAUGACGACAGUGAUAAAAUCGCAGAGGGCCUGGACCCCGAGAGACUGAAGGCCUUUAAUAUGUUUGUGCGUCUCUUUGUGGAUGAGAACCUGGACCGCAUGGUGCCCAUCUCCAAACAGCCUAAGGAGAAGAUCCAGGCCAUCAUCGAGUCAUGCAGUCGCCAGUUCCCUGAGUUCCAGGAGCGCGCCCGCAAGCGUAUACGCACCUACCUCAAGUCCUGCCGCCGCAUGAAGAAGAGUGGCUUCGAGACUCGUCCCACACCCCCCCACCUCACCUCUGCCAUGGCUGAGAAUAUCCUGGCUGCUGCCUGUGAGAAUGAGUCACGCAAUGCUGCCAAGAGGAUGCGACUAGACAUCUACCAGACCAAUGACGAGCAGAUCUCCAUAGAUAAACCCGGCUCCAGGGACCCGGCCGCUCUGGCCCACUCAGGCUUUGCUCUGGCCGCCUCUGCCUACUCCCAGGACCAGCUCUACACCAACGGUGGGCUCAAUUACAGUUUCCGUGGUUACGGGGCCCUCGGUGGCAGCCUGCAGAACAGCGGCACAACACAGAGCAAUGGUCCCACAGAUCUAAGUAUGAAGUCCCUGGCCUCCAACUCCUCCACCUCCUCCAGUUCCAACAGUCAUGGUCAAGGAGGGGGCAACGGUGGGGCUUCAGCCCAGCUGAGUGCCCCUGAGGUGACGGCCGUGCGACAGCUCAUCGCCGGCUACCGCGAGUCUGCCGCCUUCCUGCUUCGCUCCGCCGACGAGCUCGAGAACCUGAUCCUCCAGCAGAACUGAGCCGGGGCGCACCUAUACACACUCUCAAACACAUACACUAUACACGUCGGACCAAACCGAGCCAAUUCGUGCCGAACCGAACCACUCCGAACCUGGUGGUGACCUGGUGUCAGCCUGCCUCUCGUCCCACACACACAUACACACACACACACACACACACGCUCUGUCUCAUUCAUUUUUAUUUUGCCCGGACGUUUACGUGUGACAGUGACGGAGUCAGUAAAGACGCACAAACACACAGAUGCACACGUUCAGCAACAGCGCUCUCUCUCUCUCUCUCUCUCUCUCUUUCUCUAUGUAUUCCAUCUUCGCCAUCACCACGAUCAUUGCAAACCAACUCUUGUUUUCUGGAGAGCGAGGGAAGAGAAAAAAGAAAAGAAAAAACCUCUCUCCAGCCACUAAGAGAAAAGGAAGAGGUGAUAGGUGAAGACGAAGAGGAGCCGUUUGGCUUUCACACUCAAAACAAACAGAUUUUCCUCUUUUUUUUUAAAAAAAGAAAAAAAAAUACUCAGACUGUUCUCGCCACUUCCAGCUCUCUCAGCCCCUCGUUGCUUUGGUUCCCAGCUGGGCUCAGAGGUGGAUGUGCAGCUCCUCACUCGUGGACCUAUGCAUUGCACUCAGCACCGUUAUGAUAGAAACACAAGCCGACAACCCCCCCUCCACACACACACCGCUCGGUCUUCUGACAAUCCCGUGGCAUCUCAUUGGACCAGACCAUCGCCUUGUAUGUGUAGCACAGCUGCUGUCCUCCCCACUACCGCGAAAUGACACAUCUCAUAGACAGGGCUGAGAUAGCCAUCUCAGAUCCAGAUCCUCGGAUGUAAGGGGGACAUGGAGGCAGGAUGGAAGGCUCAGCAACAAACCUGUAACAUCAACAGAAAAACAGAUGGUGAGGAGACAGAAAGAGUGAGUUGUAGUGCAGGUUUCAGCGGUCUGUCUUCUGUCAUGAGGACUUAAUGUAGCUCUAGAUUGACUCCAUAGCCCUUUAACACGUCAUUCCAUCCAUCGUCAUCCUCUAAUGAUGUUUUGGGUGACGGGUCUUGAUUCACACCUCAUUCUCAGUUUUUUUUUUUGUAUAGUUUAUCACUUUUUAAUUCAUGCAUUGAAUUUUUCUCUGUUGUUUUCUGGACUCUGCUGCUACCAACCUGAACAGCUGGCACAUUCAGACAAGCCUCUUAGCCUACAAAUGCCAGAGACAUUUACAAAAAAAAAGACCAAGAUUAAAAAAAAUAAGAAAAGUGCAAAACAGACAGAACAGCUGGUCUUUGCAGAGUCGCAACUGGCUCACUCUCUGUGUCACCACUUCAGGACUUCAGACUUUGAAACUCUGUCUCUUUGGCUGUAAGGAUUCCGGUAAGGAUUCGAAUUGUGACCCCACCCCAUGCGGUAACUCACCUUGGUUGCCAUCCGUCAUUGGACUUGAUUGCAGGCAUGUAACGCCUCACAGAGAAGCUUCCCAGAUGGCGUGUGACUCUAAAGGGGACCCAGCACCUCGCCUGGCCCAGUCAACUGCCUAUACAAGGGUUUGCAGUUCAAGUGCCCGGCCCUCUUAGGUUAACUGCUGCCAUAAGUCAAACUCUCUCUCUCUCUCUCUCUAACUCUCUCUCUCCCUCUGUCAGUCACACCCAAAAUGCCAUAACUGAUGAAAAUGCCGUAUUUUUUGCAGAUUGUAGCGUAGGCCUGAAGGAUUUUCUUAGGUUAACGGAUAUUACUCCAUUAGAGCCUUUUGUAUCGUUUAGUACCAUUGAAGCCAGAGGAAGGAGACGUCAGAUGUGGCAAUGCUCCACACCAGGGCUUGCCAAUAGUAAGUCUAGAUGUAGUUUUGUGUUGAUGGGUCACAAGUGCCAUGUUCAUAACCACCUUCCUUACUGCCUGUAUCUCAUCAACUGUUCACGGUCACCCACUGCUUAAAGACCCGCUACUUUUUUGCUGUUGCUACAGACAUGUUUUUUUUUUCUUGCUGUUGCUACCUUUCAGCACUUCAGUCAGCGCUUGAGCGCAAUCGUGUCCUGUAAUUUGUCAUUGGUCGCAGACCCAACACAUAGCACAUUUUGCAGAGGGUCCCUUGGCAUGACACAUUGCACACUAUUCUGUUUCUGUGGCAAGAAGCUACGUGUCCCCUAUGAUGGGGGAUUUAAAGAUGUGUAUACUCUAGGGUAUGGGACAGGGAAGGGAAAUGGGAAUUGUGACAGUGCUUACUAAUGAAAGCCAUGGUCUUUGACCACUCUGUAACACAAAGUACAUUUACAAUUUAGCUAAUCUAAUCAACAGGAACUGACAAUGCUAUUGAAGUAGAACAUGAAGUGCAACACAGAUGAUAAUCAACAGAGAUUUAGUGGAUGCUGAAUUCCUUACACAUACACCAAACUCGAAACAUGCACACAUGCCUACAUUUAGCAUGGUAGCUGUACCCAUAAACACACACACGCACAAUUAGUUGGAUUGUGACUGACUGUUAAUAUAUAGCUAGGCUGUCCCAUUCCAGUUAGUUGGUCAGUUUGGCUGUAAGAGUUUAUAUGCAAAAGGAGCUAUUGGACCAGCUGCAGCAAGUUUAGUGUCAUAGUACCUGACACUUCCGCCCAACCAUCCCAGACAGAGAACAGUACUCUCAUAAACCACUGUGAAACUCAACCCCUCAUGAGAGCAUUAGUCUCUUAUUUCUUAGAUGGAAAUCGGACAAAUCAUCCCACAACUACAAAUGACUACAUCUCCCAUGAUACAUUGCAAUGUAUAGUCUUGUGUUGCGAAAGCUGCUUCUUCUCUGACCUCAUGACUGAGUCACUUUCAUUAGCAAAAAAAAAAAAAGAAACAAAGAAAGAAUUUUGGGACUAAUCAAUUAGAUGGAGUUAAAAGCGUUUUAUUUUAGGUGAUGAAAAAAACAAAUCACCAGAUUACCAUUCAGUAGUGCCACAGCACCACGUUACCCAGUGACUUGAGUGAGAGCAGUCCCUGAUAAGUAUGGUAGCUCAUUGCAAUGUUGGAUCCAGAUGAGGUCUUUGUAGACUUCCAUUACUAUAGUGCUCCUGUAACAGUCUCAUUUCUCCUGUUGGUUUGCACAUACUCAGACCAAAUCACCCGCAUUUGAGGAAAAACAACAACAACAACAAAAAAAAAUGAAAACAAAGCAAAAGACAAUCCUGGAAUAUGAGUCAUUUUAUGACAGUUGAAAUUCCCAGGUAACAGCUAGAUAAAUUAGAGGUCUUUCUGAGUCUAUGUAAGGUAGUGUGUCGGUGAGGAUUUGUAAUAGAAGGGGACAAACACAGCAUAUUUAAUGACAGAGGGUGGGGUGGGUUUUUGUUGGCGGAGCACUCAUCACUGAAUAGACGUAUAUGUGUAUCUUAUUUCUAGCUCUAUUUUUGUUAUCGAUGUUUGCCAUUGUUAUUAAUGAGACAUUUUGGUUAUCUUGUAUUUGUUGUGUAAAGUAUAAAGUGGUCUUUUCCAAGCUUUUUGUACAUCACUGACAUAUUCAUGAUUUGCCCUGUAUGUUCACAGUCAGCAUUCAAGGAGUGAGACUCAAUGGCAAUCACCCUGGCCACUACUUUAUCAUACAGUUCAAUCUGACCCUACAGCAGAAAUGCUCAGAUAUACAAUUAAAAACAGCAUUUACUCAUUGUUUGGAUGGGAAGAUGUGAUAUAAAAUUAUGUGUUUGCUAAUGCAAAACAAAUGAUUUUUAAAUGCCACCACAAGGACAGUAUGUCCAGUAGAGUGUAACAUGGUUUAUUUUGUUUAACAACAAAGUUGUCAUUUAAAACAACCUCCUGCUUUGGCGAAUUAUCACAUAUAACAGCAAAUUUGUAUUUUUGCCAGUGUUUCCUCUGCAAUGUCUAUAGCCAGGGUGAUUACCAAUGAGCAUUUGUGUAGAGAAGGGCACCAAGGGCUUAAUCUCUGAAAACUUAAAACCAGGGAAAGUGUUCAUUUGGCCACACCAUUACACGUCUCUCAAUCAGCCUCACGAGGCACAUCAAUGUUACUGUGUGUGUAUGUUUGCUGUGGUGAUUCCAAUAGAACACUCUCUGGUCCCUGAGUGUCUUCUUUUGAAUUGUAUUUCAUUUCACGUUUUAGUUCAAUUGCCAGGGAGAUUCACAUUUUAAAUGACAGAUGUAAUGUAAACAUUUUUUUUUUAAAUAGAGGUUAAGCCCUGGGUGUCCGUGAGUUGCAUUUCACAUCCAAGGUGCAACUCAGAAUUUAAAAAGCUUAAAAUGAAGAAAGAAAAAAAUGUUAAAAACAAUUCUUUUUUUAAUUGCUGCCUAAUGCAGCAGCAGUCGAAUAUGGUUCUAACCAUUGCCUGUGUUAUGUUUUGUUUUCUUUUUUGUGGUGCUUUGUAUAGUUAUUAUGAUUAAUUAUUAUUAUUAUUGUUAAUGUUAUUAUUUUGUUUGUUUCUACUUCUGUACCUUCUAGGAACAGCAGACCUAUGCUCAGUUUCUCUUUGUAUACCAAUGUGAAGCUUUGUAUUUUUUCCUUCUGGUUUUUGACUCAGUGAAAGUGUGAUGUUUACAUGUACAGAUUUUAAACUGAUUUUUCCUCCACUCCAUACCCCCCACCUCCCUUUCGCUACCUUCCUCUCUCUCACCCAGCCCAGAUAACUAAUCAGACUCCAAUCCCAUGCUUUAAAAGGAAACGGGGCUUCUUUUUAGAUGCAGAGAAGUCACGUCCAUGUUUAUUUGAACUGCAGUUGAGGUCCUUGCACUCUAUAUAGUCAGUAAUAUUUUUGCACAAAGAAAAAGCACGGCUGUGCUCAAUGCUUUUCAUGACAAAAGGUAUACGUCUCUUCUAAAACCUCUUACGACCUUCUGAACCAUCUGUAAUCCAUCACCUUGUGAUGGAGGCUGUCACUACGGUCGAGUAUGUCAACAGUCAACCACACCGACAAGCCUGGCCAUUUUUGGGAAUGUGGUGAAAGUGUAUGGCUUUAACCCAGGAGACCUGAGUGUAGGGCGCACAGGGAUGGUCGCCAUCUGCCUUUACCACACGCUGUUUCUGAAGUGCUGUAACAAACAAACAAACCCAAAACCAACUCCCGUAGAUGUUUUACCUCCUCAACCUUAAGGAGAAAUGAAAAUCACCCUACUUCUAGCGCCUUAUGUUGUAAUUCUCACAGCGAGAUAUAGCAUUUAGGGUACAACUAAAGGCUUUGCAGACCAGGGGAGGGGGGUAAAGGACAGAAAUCACACCUGGAGCCUGUGCAAGGGCCUUUUACAUUAGACUCAGCGAUUUCUGGCUUCCAACCUUGGGAUGAUGGCUUCAGACUGGGGGACCAGAGAGGGAAGGAGCUUCACAUGGUGUCAAAGUGCUCUAUUCAUACCUCUGCCCAACAAUGCAAACAAGACACUUGUUAAAGACGAUUAAGCUAAGGUGGCCAUCCAAGAUUUAAAACAAAAAAAAGUUUGUAGUUUUGACAAUUCUUUCAGUAUAGUGUUUGGCAUAUUGUGGACUUUUUGUGUGUUUUUGGGAUUCUGAUGUUUAAUGGAAACGCCUUCAAAGGAUCAUUGUCUCUCUCUUUCUGCAUGUCAGACCAAAGCUUUUUCCUGGGUUUGUAGAUGCCGUGGCAGAGGCAUGUUCCGGGGUGCGCUUUGACCUCUUGUAAAAGCUCCUUAGUGAUGUAAAAGCCAUUUCCCUCCCUCGGAUAGUCUUAACAGGGGAACACAAGAACCUCAGGAAAUGUUGAAUCUCUGAGUUUGUUUUAUAUCGAGGCACAUUUGUCUUGACUUAACAGUCCACGUUCUCUCUCGGAUUCCAUGUCAUUUGUAUUGGAUUUACUAUUGUUCCUUUUUUAUAUUUAUUAUUGUGAUUUAAAAGUGAAACAUUUUUUUCCAGUACUUGUGGCUGAAUAUUUUAAUUCUUUAGAAAAGUGUUGAUAAAUAUAAAUAUAUAUAAAUAUAAAUAUAUGUGAUGCGAAAAUGGCGGGAAGAUUCAUGUCUGUUUGUUCCAUGUAAAGAAGAAGAAAAAAAAAAACAAAAAGAGGCUGAAAAAUGGUCUGCCUCCUACAUAUCACUUUAAAUGAGAGACUCCUACCCUUUCUGAGGUGACACUUUGACUUUUCAGUGUGAUGUCGACGCUACAGUAAACUUGUUGGUUUCCCAACAGCCGCAGCAUUGCUAGGUUCUUUCCUUGUGAGGUGUCUGUCACAAAGCUGAGUAAAUGAAUAAAACAGUGCCCUGAGAUAUCCAAUGGAAA